AUGCGCCGCGACCCGACCUGGAAGAGGCAGUCUUCAGAGCCCACGUGUUCGACAAGCAUGGCGGAGACGGAGAGUAUGGACGUCGCUGAGCCUCCGGCUCCGGGAGAGGCCCCGAAGAGUGGCGCCCGGCCUGCCGACCGUCAUGGCCUGCUCAAGCACAGCCGCGAGUUUUUGGAUUUCUUCUGGGACAUUGCGAAGCCGCAGCAGGAGACGCGGCUUGAGGCCACGGAGAAGCUGCUGGAGUAUCUGCGCGCAAGGCCAGAGGGAUCAUCGGAGCUGAAGUACUCCCUGAAGCGCCUAAUUACUGGGCUCGGGGUCGGACGAGAAACAGCCCGGCCCUGCUACAGUCUGGCCCUGGCGCAGCUGUUACAGGCUUUUGAAGACAUCCCCUUGUGCAGCAUCCUGCAGCAGAUACGAGAGAAAUAUGACCUGCAGAAGGUUAAGAAGGGGAUGGUGAGACCCGCUCUCUUUGGAAACCUGUUUGGGGUGCUAGCCCUCUUUCAGUCGGGCAGGCUGGUGAAGGACUCGGAGGCACUGAUGCAGUCGGUGAAGCUGCUGCAAGUCCUGGGCCAGCACUACAGCCACUUGCAGGAGCAGCCCCAGAAGGCCCUGGUGGACAUCCUCUCACAGGUCCCGGAGGCCACGUUGCAGGAGGUCCUGCCAAAAGUCCUCAAGCCCGACUUGAAUUCAGUACUUGGUUCCCCUGAGCACCUGGAGCUCUUCCUCUUGGCCCAGCAGAAGGUGCCCAAGAAGCUGGAGAAGCUGAUGGGACCGGUCAACCUGUUCUCAGAUGAGAGCGUCCCCAGGCUGGUUACUGUGCUCAAGACGGCGGCCACCUCUGCGAAGAAGGAACGCAAGCUGCCUGCCGUGGCUUUGGACCUGCUCCGCCUGGCGCUCCAGGAAGACAGCUUCCCACGGUUCUGGAUGGAGGUUGUGGAACAAGGACUCCUGAAGCAGCAGUGCUGGCCAGCCAGCUACCUGUGUUUCCGCCUGCUGGGCGCGGCCCUGCCCCUGCUCUCCAAGGAGCAGCUGCAGCUGGUGAUGCAGGGGGACCUGAUCCGCCAUUACGGGGCGCACAUGGUCACUGCUAAGCUCCCGAGCCAGUUCAAGUUUGCUCCAGAGAUGAAUGAGUAUGUGGGGGCCUUCCUGAAGGGCUGCCGGGAUGACCCCGAGCGGCAGUUGGCCCUGGUGGUGGGCUUCACAUCCGUCACCAACCAGGGCCUCCCCAUCGUACCUACCUUCUGGCGGGUCAUGCAGUUCCUGAGUCCCCCCGCCCUCAAGGGCUACGUGGCCUGGCUGCGGGACAUGUUUCUCCAGCCCAACCUGGACUCCUUGGUGGACUUCAGCACCAACAACCAGAAGAAAGCCCAGGACGCUUUGUUCCACGGGCCUGAGCGAGCCGUGUUCCGGCUACGGAAGUGGAUCAUCUUCCGCCUGGUCAGCAUCGUGGACAACUUGCAUGCAGAGAAGGAGGAGGCCUUGAUUGAGGAGGUGGCCAGGUUUUGUUUUUUCCACUCAUUCUUCGAGACAAAGAAGCCCACAUCCCAGAUCCCUGAGACCGAGCAGCACUUCUCUCACCCCCUGGACAGCCGGACCCGGGAGGUGGUGGGCAGUGCCUUCUUCAGCCUGCUGCAGACUCUCAGCACGCAGUUCCGGCAGGGGCCGGGGCAGACGCAGGACGGGCAGCCCUGGACCUACCACCUGGUGCGGUUCGCAGACCUGCUGUUGAGCCACAGCCGCAACGUGGUUCCCCUGGUGGCCUUCACCACGCAGCAACGCCAGGCCUGGGACCGGACGCUGAAGACUCUGAAAGAACUGGAGGCGCAGUCCUCAGAGGCCAAGGCCACUGCCUUCCAGCACCUGCUACUCCUGGUGGGCAUACACCUCUUCAAGUCCCCCACAGAGAGCUGUGACCUCCUGGGCGACAUCCAGACCUGCAUCAAAAAGAGCCUGGGGGAGAAGCCCCGUCGGACCCGUUCCAAGGCCACCAACCUGCAGGAGCCGCCGUGGGUGGAGGUGCUGGUGGAGAUCCUGCUGGCCCUCUUGGCCCAGCCCAGCCACCUGAUGCGCCAGGUGGCCCGAAGUGUGUUCGGCCACAUCUGCUCCCACCUGACUCCACGUGCCCUGCAGCUCAUCCUGGAUGUGCUAAACCCCGAGGAGAGCCAGGAUGAGGAUGACAACGUGGUGAUUACAGACGCCUCCGAGCAGCAGUUGCUGGGGGAUGCGGAGGACGAGAGCUCGGACGACGGCGAGGACAAGGGCAACGAAGACUCGGAGAGUGAGGAGGAGGAAAGCAAUGACGAGGAGAGCGACGAGGAGGAUCGGGACGGGGACGUGGACCAGGGCUUCCGGGAACAGCUGCGGGCGGUGCUGCAGGCAGGGAAGGCGCUGGGCGGAACUGACGGCGAGGACGACGACGAGCUGGGGGAUGAGGCCAUGAUGGCCCUGGACAAGAACCUGGCCAGCCUCUUUGCCGAGCAGAAGCUGCGCAUCCAGGCCCGGAGGGACGAGAAGAACAAGCUACAGAAGGAGAAGGCUCUCCGACGGGGCUUCCAGAUCAGGGUCCUGGACCUGAUCGAGGUGCUGGUGACCAAGCAGCCUGAGAACCCCCUGGUCCUGGAGGUGCUCGAGCCGCUGCUGCACAUCAUCCGGCACAGCAUGCGCACCAGCAGCACGAAGCAGGAGCAGGACCUGCUGCACAAGACGGCCCGCAUCUUCAUGCACCACCUGUGCCGCUCCCGGCGUUACUGCCGCAGCGUGGGCGACCGCGUGGAGACUCUGUGCACCCAGCUGGAGCGGCUGGUGCAGCAGGCCGGCCGCCAGGCUGACUCCUCCGUCUGCCUCUACUAUUUCAACGCCUCCCUCUACCUGCUCCGGGUCCUGAAGGGCAACGCUGUGGCUAAGUCCGCCUGCAAGGCCCAGAAGAAGGAGAAAGCCGGCGCUGAUGCCGGCACCCAGCCCCGGGGCCCAGAGGCUGCCAGCUGCUUGGAUUUGAGCCUCGUGACCCCGAUCUACUCAUCGGCACUGAGCUCCUUCCUAACCAAGCGCAGCAGCCCGCUCACAGCUCCCAUGUUCCUCAGCCUCUUCUCCCGGCACCCGAUGCUCUGUAAGAACCUGCUCCCCAUCGUGGUCGAGCACGUGGCAAGCCAUACGCGGCCCCGCCAUCAGGCCCAGGCCUGCCUGCUGCUCCAGAAGACCCUGCCCACGCGGGAGCUGAGGCUGUGCUUUAAGGACCCCGAGUGGAAGCAGCUGCUCGACCAGAUCCUGGCGAAGGUCACUGAGACCCUGCGGACGCUGGGUGAGGCCGAGACCAAGUCAGGGCGCCAGAAGGAGCUGUCCUCCUUGGAGCUGCUCAACGUUCUCUUCAGGAACAUCCAUCACGAGAAGCUGACGAUGGACCUGACCACUGUCCUGGGUGUGCUGCAGAGCCAACAGCCGAGGCUGCAGCAGGGGCUACAGCAGGGGGCGCACUCGGCCGGGUCCAGCCGCCUCUAUGAUCUCUAUUGGCAGGCCAUGAAGUUCCUCGGAGUCCAGCGUCCCAAGUCGGAGAAGGACGCCAAGGAAGUCCCUCAGGCCAGGCCGAGCCCCGUUAGCAUGAAGCGGAAGAAAAAGGGGUUCCUGCCAGAGAGCAAGAAGCGUAAGAAACGCAAGUCUGAGGGCGCCACGCAGGAGGAGGCGGCCAAGCCCGCAGCCGCCGGGGGGGACCAGCCCCCCAGCACUGGCAAGAGGCAGAGGAAGAGGAAGCGCAAGGGCCCAGCCCAGUCCCAGGCGCAUGGGCUGCCCGCCUCCAAGAGUCCGACCCCGGACCCCCCUGCCACGAGCCCCAGCAGCCCCGCCAAGACCCCAGAGCCGCAGAAGAAAACUCGGAAGCUGUCCCAGGUGAGCAGAGCCACUCCCGAGUCCCCCGAGGAGCCUGCUGCCAAAAAGCGUCAGAAGAAUCUGCCCCAAAAGGGGGUUUCAGGCAAGUCGCCGCAGUCCGCACUGCCUCGGAGAAAGGCCAGAUUGUCUUUGGCCGGCAGGAGCCCCAGCCUCCUCCAGAGCGGGGCCAAGAAGAAGGGGCAGCUGAGGAAGGCGAAAAAGCUGUGA